AACAAUCAUGGCGGCGCUCGGUAAAGCACGGUUCUUAUUUCGGACCUACUCGCGGGUGAAAAAUGUCCAAAAGAGCCAACAAAUAUCGGUCAAAUGCAGCGUCAGGACACUUUGUAGCGGAACACAAGAUGCCGCCCUCCCAGAAAAUCCAAAGCCCCAGUUCACAGAUCCAGCCGUGCAGGACAUCCUCACCAGGAUAACGGGCCUGGACCUGCAGAAAGUGUUCCGACCCCUUAAACAGAAGCUGGAGCCGCCCACAUAUAAACUCAUGACUGAUCAACAGCUGGAGCAGGCGAUCGAGUUGGCCACAGAGCAGGCUAAGAAGCUGCUGCAGAUGCCCCCCGUCCUGCCAGAGAGGAAGCCCAUUAUCGAUGUUCUGUCUGAUGACAAAUUCCUGGAUGGCAUGGACACAGCCAAAUACGUCUUCACAGACAUCACCUACACUGUGCCGCACAGGGAGAGGUUUAUUGUUGUUCGGGAGCCCAGUGGGACCCUGAGGAAAGCGACAUGGGAGGAGAGAGACAGGCUCAUUCAGACGUACUUCCCCAGGGUGGGACGCAAAAUCAUAGCACCUCUCAUUUUUAAGGAGGAGAACCUCAAGAUGGUGUUUUCCCAGGACCGUCAUGAGGAUGUGUUGGACCUGUGUCAGGUCCAAUUUGAACCAGACUCCUCAGAGUACAUCAGGGCACAUGCAGCCACUUAUGAGGACCUGGAAAAGCACGGCAAAUAUGAGCUGCUGCGCUCCACUAGACAUUUCGGAGGCAUGGCCUGGUACCUGCUCAACGCUCGCAGGGUCGAUGGGCUCAUAGUGGACAUGCUGAAGAGAGAGCGGUUUGAGGAUGCGAUGAGCCUAGUAUCUCUGUUCCACAUGGUCCACCCCCACAGUGAGUCAGCCAAGGAGGCUGCCAGCCAGCAGGCCACCGGAGCAGACCUUCUUCAGAUCUAUGCCCAGAAGGAGUCCCAGAGGUCGGGCUACAUCGAGCUGGCCCUUCAGGCAUACAGACAGACGGCUGCUGAGAGCUCUGCAGCCUGACUGGCUCACUCAUGAAUAGAAAUAUACAAAUUCAUCCAAAAUGAGCAAAUGGUACCCAUAACCAUGGGAACAGACUGAAAAUUGCCUCUCAUAUGUAAAAUACAGCUGUCUGUUCUUUCCUUUAUUGAAAUGCAAGCUGUACACUUUACAGGCAUGGACUGGGAGAAUUAGCUCGGAAAGUUCUUGUAAGAUGCACAAACCGAGUCACUUAUCCAUACAGAGAAAUUGCAGUAUGUCUGUAUGUGUAUGUGUAUUUAAUUGGAUCUGAGUCAAACCUGUUAAUCAAAUGAUGUACAUAACAAAAUAAAGAUCUUUGUACAUGUGUGA